UUGUUCUGAAUGAUUGUCAGGUCAUUAUUUCAUGUAUCUAUGUUUCUUGAAUGCAUCAUGUGAUUUUCCUCCACUGUCUUCCCUCCCUUCAUCCUCUUCUCUCUCUCUCUCUCUCUCUCUCUCUCUCUCUCUCUCUCUCUCUCCUCCCUGCACAUUCACACCCUCCUCCUCCCUCCUCCUCCUCCUCCUCCUCUCUCAGUCUGUCUCAGCUGUCCUCGGUGCUGCUGUCUCAGAUGGAGGCUGCAGUAUUCUGCUGAGUAGCGUUGAUCCAGCAUCCUCCCUCUCUGCCUCAAGCCGUCAGCCGACGUUCUUCAGCCGAGCCUGAGAGACGAGCCGAGCCCCUCGGAGUCCUGGGAGAGGAAACUACAGCGCCCACAAUCCUCCAGCCGCGGCCCGGACCGUCGCCCGGCCUGGAGCCGAGUCCCACAGAACCCUGGGAGUCGUGGUCCUCGCCGGCUGGCUGGUGGGGGAGGUGGAGGGAGAGAGAGAGGGAGAGAGAGAGGGGGUGACGUGCCAUGACAACCGUCAGAGGGAGAGAGGGAGAGAGAAAGUAACUGCUGAGCCAUGUCUGCCAGCCUCGACGACACUGACAACGUGUUCGACCUGAACGAGGCGAUCCCAGAGACCGAGCUGCUGGACAACAGCAUCCAGAAAGGCCGAGCCCAGCUGUCCGUCAAAGCCCGACGGCACCGCCCCUCCAGGUCCCGUUACCGUGACAGCGUGAGCUCGACGGAGGGCGACGACAGCCUCGACAGGAAGGACAGUCCGUUACACUCCGCCCGCUCACCUCUCCACCUGGCCAUGCGAGGCUCCUCCCCCUCCCCUGAUUCGCUGCUGUCAGCUAGAAGCCCCGCCUUCUCCUUUGACACGUCGCUGGUGCGUCGCUCUCCAGAGGACGGAGGCGCAUCAUUGGCUGCUCCCCCGCGGGGGCGGUACCACCAGCUGACCAAUGCCACGUCUCAGGAGGCUCUGGUGACGCCCAGCAGCUCGCCAUCCAAAUCCUGCCCCUCAUCUGACGGCUCACCUGUCUAUGGACGGAGGAACAGGAGGCCCGACAGCGAAGUGUUGGUGUCUGAUACGAGUAGGGACACCAGUCCAGCUGAUCCCAGCAGCCCGACCGUCGUCUUCGACAAGAAAACCAAGAGACGCUUCCUGGACCUGGGGGUGACUCUGAGGCGUUCAUACAUCAGGGUGAGGAAGGAUAAAUCCAACAGGCUCUCUGUGGGCAGCAGGGAGCCGUCUGAGAGUCCGUCCCGCUCCUCCGGAUCCUUUGUCUCCUUCUCCUGGUUCACCGAGGGACGGGGAUCGCUGUCCUCCUCCGGGACUCCCCCCUGCUCCCCCAAAAUCCCCCCGCUGAGCUCCCCGAGACCCCGCAAGUCUCACUCCCAGGAGUCGGCUCUCAGUGAGGAGUUCUCUCCCCCUCACACCUCCUCCUCCACCUCUCCUCCUGUCGACUCCUCCUCCUCCAGAUCCUCCCAUCCCUACCACACCCUGUCCCAGUCCUCUGACGAGCCCGGUGACGAGCCCUCCUCCUCCGUCGUCUCCUCCUGGACGACUCAGCAGGUCUGUCAGUGGCUCCGAGGACUCAACAUGGAGCAGUACGUCCCAGAAUUCAGUGCGAGAGACAUCGAUGGAGAGCAGCUGCUGCAGAUGGACGGCAGCAAGCUGAAGGGUCUGGGCGUGCUCAGUUCAUCCGAUCGCAGUGCCCUGAAGCGUCGCAUCAAAGACAUCCACACUGCAGCAGAGAAGGAGAGAAAAGCUCUGGACAAACUGGAGAAACAGAAAGAGAAACAACGGAGGAAAGACCAGGAGCAGCGCAGGAACUGAAGACCACCACCAGGGGGAGACAGAGGAUAACUGAAGAGGGAGGACAGGUGGCAGACGGGAGGGAGGAAGAGAGGGAGGGAGAGAUGUGAGGACAACAAUCUGUGACAGUGUUUCCAGGGUCCAGGGUUGAUCUGUAGGAGUGAGCGCUCCGCAGCACAAACAAUCUCUGCCCUGGAAAACCUGGAAAGUACAGAAAAAGUCCUGGAAAACAGCAACUGUAAACAUGAUGUCCUUGAAAGUUUGAUGAGAGCAGAAGAUGAAAAACCAGGUCCUGGAGUCUCAACCGAAGCUGAAAUCUGAAAUGAAAACAUUAAAUUCUGACAUUUUUUGUACGGUGGCUCUUAAGGACAAAACCAGCAACAAAUUAAUACAUUUUUACCUUUUACUCUGGUUUUAUUUUUAAAAUCUGGAGUCGUAAUGUUUCUGUUUUUUGAGUUUGGAUUUGCUGCAGCGUUCAAUUCCUGUGAUGGAAAAUAUUCACUGACAAAAAUAAGUAAUGACCAUUGCAUGUUUCUCCUUUUUUUGUUUUGUUUUGUUCUUUGGAGCCACCAUAAUUUUUAUAGCAAAUAAAUCUGAGUUUAAAAGACGUCAUUUGGUUCUUCAAUCCACUGCACACCAGAGACUUGUGUCAAGGUGGGUUCAGGUGCUCCUCAUGAAGCCUGAAACUGAGGCUUUGCACAGAAACAUACGUGAUGUAUGGAGGCAAAGAAAGGCUAAAAUAUUUUGACUUUAUCAGCAGAUUAAUACUUCAGUGUGAAAAACUGUGAUUGAAAUUCUACAGAUCCAGGAUGUGCAAUUUUAGAUUUUAUGUAUUUCUUUUUUAAAAUAUAAAAAGUGUAAUUUUUGAAUCUAAAAAUUAUAUUUGAUAAUAAUCAAUUGACACUGAAUGGAAACAUCUGUCCAAUCAGGCUGCUUCGUGUCAGUCAUGUGAUCCAAGAAAGAGAAGGUUUGAUGAGCAAAAAUAACAUUUUCUGGCUGAAUUUGUGAAUCUGGAUAAAAAUUAUGUUUUUGGCCAAAAAUAAAACAAAUCCAGACAUGAUUUUCAAAAUAAAACAUUUAAUUGCUAUAAAUUCAGCAACAUUUAAUGUUCAGCAGCUAAUGAAACUGUUAGCAGACUUUCUUUGCCUCUGUAAGAAGCACCUGAACACAUCGUCAGUUUUAUCUCCCUCUCUCUCGUCAUUGUAUCUGGGAGGAAGCAUUAAGCCCCACCUCCACCUCCUGCUGAUGCUCCAAUUAGCCUCGCCCACCAGUGGAGGCGGAGCCUGUGCUGUGACAUCACAAAAACUAAAACAAAAAGAAAACUGGAACAAAAACAUCUGUUUUCCUUCACAUAAACGAACAGCUGUGACAGUUUUUAUUGUCAGAGCAGAAACAGCUGAGGAGACAAACAGGAAAUGUGAGUUGUUUUAACAGAAGUAAUAAAAACACGUUCAGAUUAUUAAGAAUCAGCUGUUGGAAGCUUUUCCAUGAUAAAAACUAAACAAAAUCUGAUGUUUGUUUCUGUACUGAGUGACCUCUGACCUCUGCCAGUCCACAUUCAAAUAAAUAAAUCUGUGACAAACUUUUAAAAUGAA